GCGAUUGUUGUCAUCAACUGCAGCAGCAGAAACAGCAGCAGCAGCAGGAGGAGGAGGGGAAGGAUCUUGCUUGGAACGCACCAUGGCCCGCACUGGAUGGUCCGUUGGCCCAUGGCUUUGUUGUUGCAUGCUCCUCUUCACGCUGCUGUGCACGUUUCCUGCUUUGCUAUUGGCUGAAUCUUCAGAGGGGAAUGGACAUAUGCCGGAGGGCGACUUGAUCGAGCUGACUGACAAGACAUUUGAGCAUGAUACCCAGGCAUAUACUGGCCAGACAACGGGCCAUUGGCUGGUGCUGUUUACUGCUUCACCAGAGGGAAGUCGGCAUGUCGAAGCCCUGAUGAGGGAUCUGAAGAAGGAUGAGAAAGUGGGGGAGACAUUGUUGAUGGCCAAGGUGGAUGUUGCCAAGAACUUGGCCACGCAGAAGCGUUUUGGCGUCAGUGAGAACUUCAAGGUGAUCCUGUUUCGCGAUCGAAAAAUGUUUAUUUAUGAAGACGAUCUGACGCUGGAAUCUCUCCGGAAGUUUGUGACGGGAGGCUUCCUGAACCAGGCUGGUCUUAAGGUGCCAAGGGAGUCAGCUCCUAUAGAAAGCUUCAUGGAAGAACUUCAAAAGGGUUACCGAGUCGCACUGAGUUUCGUCAUCCAAAGCCCACUGGGAAUGUCCAUUUGCGGCGUUCUCGUCGCUUUGUUUGCCUAUGCCGUCACACGGAGCAUUCUCGGUUUGGAUGUCAAACAAACGAAAGUGAGGCGUGGACUUCGGCCAAAGCAUGGGCCGAUCCGGCGAAAGGCAAGAGCAAGCUGAGGAUCUCCAGUAUUUGGGUUGGUAUGUAGGGAAACUUUCAUAUUCCUCCAGAGUCCAAACGGGCUUUGGAAGUUUGGAGGAAACAAGGUGGCACUUGUGCAAAAGACGGCUGUCUGAGGAGUCUGCGGUCCUCUGUAGGCCUCGCCAUCAAUGAUCAAAGCAGGUGCACAUAAUGAGGCCAUUGAUGAGAGAGCCUCGCCUAUUAGUGUUGUUUGUGUUGCCCCCUCCUUAUGCAGGCAGGGUUUGCGCAUUGCUUGCUCAAGAGGGAGGGAGGGAGGGAGGGAGGGAGGGAGGGAGGGAGGUUUUUGUUUGCCUCCCUACAAUCCUCCCUACAAAACCCCUGCCUUUUGUUUCAUGUCAUCAUCAAGAUGGGUGAGUGAGGAUUCUGUUUUUUUCUUUUCCUUUUCAGACUAGAUUUGUCAAUGAUAUGGCACAGCUGCUGCUGUCCAUGUUCCAUUAGGGGUGAUUGUGUUCUGAAAUUGCACAAGGUUGGAUUUGCUUCUUGUACUCUCAGGCACAGUGUGUUGUUGACGAUCCCCACAUCAAGGCAAGGUGGGAGUUUGCCAUGCAAGCUGGUGGAUCCAAGCAGUAGAUGAAUGGGGUAGGAGGGAGAGAGAGUUGGGUUUCUGCAACGGCUGGGAGCAGAGUUCAAACAGAGAGGGAGGGGCGGGAGGGGCGGGAGGGGAAUGGGGUAGUUUGUGGUCCAUGAUUACCGUCCGGGACACGUGUUGAAAGUCUUUGUACGCUGGUGGAGCCAAGCCAUGGAGGAAGAGGGAGGGAGGGAGGGAGUGGAAGGGAGGGGUAUGCACACCACCCUUAGAGAGAGCUGGGUGUCUGCAAUGGCUGGGAGCAGAGUUGGAGGGAAGGGAAUGGGGUAGUUGGUGGUUCAUUGUUGCCGUUGGGGACACGUGUUGAAAGUCGUUGUUGUCAACGCAAAAAGAUGCGGCGUUCGGCUGCCGAAUUGUCUUCAUGCUGACAGUCAUUCCUGUUACGCUGACUGUCAUGCGAAUGAAUGCCUAGUUGUGAACAGUCUGUAGAAAGAUCUGUACGAGUGAGCAGAACAAUCGCAGAAUUCUGUUUCGUCACGUUCUGACGCCGACGAGGUUUUCCUCACAGUGUGGUUGCAGAGGUUCCCCCGUUUUCUGUUUCGAGUCAAAUAGUUUGUGUUGCGUGCGUAACUUGUGUUCCAAAAAGUUACUCGGUUCUGCUGCCAAAGCGGACAGUCGACGUUCUUUGGUAGACGUUUGUUCUCCGGUUGCCGUGGACAUGGUCGUUCUGUUGUGUGUUAGCUUUCCGCAACAAUUCUCCGCAUGGCGAUCACCUCUUUCGAUAGCAAUGUGAUUUGAAUCGCUGUCGUUUCUGCUGCGGCCAUUUCCCUGUUUAUAACGAGAACGGUGCUGCUGUGGCCAUUUCCCUGUUUAUAACGAGUACGGUGCUGUACAGGAGGGAAGACCUCUCUGAACGAAUAAACCUGCAUAUCGGGGGAUUACCAACAUGGAAGUGGAAGUCGAUGUUCAGACAGUUCAGGUCUAUUCAUGUCAGGGUCGAGGUCAUCCCAAAGCUCGCAAGGGAGUCUGUGGUGUGUAUGAUGUACUAGAAUAGCCAUGUUGUAGAAUGGUCUUUCCUGAAGUUUUUAUACAGUGGUGUGUAUGGUCCAGAAUAGCAGUGUACUACAGGUAGUCCUAUGAUGCAUAUGUACUAGAAUAGCUAUGCACCUGUGCUAUAUCCGAUGCUGUAUAUGUCUUGGAAUAGCUGUGUACUAGAAUGAAUGUCUUUGCAGGUC